GUCUGGUUUUUAUUUUUUUUUUGGAGAUUUAUUCUUGGUAAAGAGAUUCAGCAAUGAAUGAAUCCGUGAACUUUUUUUAGAGUUCGUACACUCACUCACCAAGCAGGCAUCCUUGGGCACAUUGAAUAAAGAAUUUUUUUUAUUCAAUGCUUGGGCAUUUGUGCCAAAUUUUGAUUACGCCGAUAAGUCAAGGGGGUUAUGUUAUGUUAUGUUAAUGUUACAACACUGUCUCUGUUGUGUUAGUAGAGAAACUAGCAUAGAUAAACUAGAAGGAGAAAAUUCGUACGCUUGAGAACUUUAGAUCUCAAAGUUUUGUAUUAAAUACAAACAUGUAUGUGUAACAUGGCAGAUUUGGAAUUCCAGGAAAGAGUUUGCUCACUUUGUGGUGUGGAAUUUUCUACAAUUUCAGCGAAAAAUAAGCAUUUGCGAAAUAUUCAUAAUGUGAUCAUCACUACGACUUGGAAGUCUCAUAUUAUUUGCCCACUUUGUAAAACAAAUGAAUCUAAAUGUGGAACAUACAAAAAAUUGGAAACUCAUUUAUCAUUGCUGCACAAUAUUAAAUUGGAGUUUGAGACUCAUCACUUCACUAAUCAAGAAAGUUAUGCACAAUGGUUCGAGACAGAGAGACUGGAUAUGGUUUAUGCAGUCCAUGGUGUGAAAAAAUAUAAAGAUUAUAUGCUGAAGUCGUAUGUUUGUAACAGAAGUAAUUCAAAAGGGUUUCAAAGUAAAAGAAGUUCUAAAGAAAAAGUGGGGGGCUCCAUCAAGAUCAAUGGAGUAUGCCCAUCUCGUAUUGAAACCAAGAUUCAGCCAACAGGACAGACUUUUUCAAGAUUUUGGAAAACACAUGUCGGUCAUGAAGAGUAAGAAACUACCAUUUAUCAAAAUCUGAGAACAGAGAAAUUGUUCAAAAAUUAUGUGAUGGUGGUACAGUUUAAUGAAUUAUUUUCGAUGCCAGGAAUGUGAAAUCCAAAGAAUUACAAUGAUUAAAUUCAUAAAACAGGGAAGAUGUCAUAUUUAUAAUAAAAACAUGAUAUAUGCAAGAAAAAAGAUGAUCAUGAAGGAAGGGAGUCUAACUUAAUGUGGAGGAGUGUCAGUUGGACCCACCAGACCUACCAUGUGUGUAUUGUAGCACACAAACAAUCUCAUAGAGCUCAACUUCUCCCUCCAGUCCCAUCCUGCUAAAGAAGAAGAUCAUGUCAGAGGGGGAAUAAUUCACAAGUUCCCCUAGAACCAGCUAGAGCGAACCAAAUAUUUCAAGUCUGACUCUGUCUGCCACGAAGUAGUCACAGAGGUCGAUAGUUGCGUCCUCCUUCAGGCAAAUCCUGUAUUUCAUUGACUAUGUGAGUGGGCUCUGAGCCUACAAUGUCCCGUGGAGACUGCCGCUAAAGAUCUAGAUAGUUUAGUUAGAAGUUCUAGAUAAUUGGUUGAUGUGUAUACUGGGAGGCACCGAGAUGGAGCCAUCUCGGUGCCAGUAUGUGAGUCGUGCAAUCCGGGACGGCUGCUCCAAUACUUUAGGAUUCACUAUUCCAUCUAGCUGUUGUUUCGUUCCCUAACUAAGGAACUAGAAAUUACGAUAGUUCCGGGCCAAUAAACACUGAGGUUGGUUGUUACCACUGAAUCCCAAGUGUCCAGGUAUUCAAAAAAGUUGCAGUCUGUUGUUACCUCCCCUGUUGGAGAGAUUAAAUUUGCAUUUGUGCCAAAUUGCAUCUGUCAGUUGUGAGAGAUUUGAUAGCAGUUUUAAUGGUCCGUUAAGUUAUUUGACUUUCCCAUCAAGCAGGUGAUUGGCUCGCAAAGGUUAAUAGCAAAAAUUUCCGCCUGGAAUGCUAUUGCAAUCGUCCAGACUAGCACAACCGAAAUGUGAACAUUGUUGGAACAGGGUGUUCCUAGGCAGAUCUAAAGUAAAUAAUGAGAUUAAAAUUGUG